AUGGAAAGUCUCCAGACCAAUACGGAAAUGCUCUAUCCUGAGAUAAUUGUGGACGUGGGCACAGUGACUUUUGGAGAAGAGAACAGGAAGAAGAUGACCAAUAACCAGCUGAAAAGAAAUGAGAAUUCUAAAAUCAUCCAAGCCGCCUGUGCACUGUUAAAUUCUGGAGGGGGUAUGAUCAAAGCGAAGAUUGAUGAUAAAACCUACAGCUACCGAUGCCACGGGCUGGGACAGGAUCUGGAGACUUCUUUUCAAAAGCUCCUUCCUUCAGGUUCACAGAAAUACCUUGACUACAUGCAACAGGGGCACAAUCUCCUGAUUUUUGUGAAGUCAUGGAGUCCAGAUGUUUUCAGCCUCCCCCUAAGGAUCUGUAGCUUGCGUUCCAAUUUAUAUCAGAGAGAUGUGACUUCUGCUAUAAACCUGGGUGCUAGCAGUGCCCUAGAACUUCUCAGACAGAAGCAGUCUAGAGCCCAAAGAAGAAGACCCAGGGUGAAGGAGCUGCAUCCUCAGAAGGUUUGUGACAGACACAUUCAGGAAGAGGAAGAUAUGAGGCUGUCUGCUUCAGAAUUUCUUAAAAAGGACAAACUCAUGUAUAAAGAGAAACUCAACUUUACUGAGUCAACACAUGUUGAGUUAAAAAGGUUCACCACCAAAAAGAUUGUCCCUAGGAUUAAAGAAAUGUUGCCUCAUUACAUUUCUGCAUUUGCCAACACCCAUGGGGGAUACCUAAUUAUCGGGGUAGAUGAUAAGAGCAAAGAAGUGUUUGGAUGUAAGAGAGAAAAAGUGAACCCUGACUUAUUAAAAAAGGAAAUAGAAAACUGCAUAGAAAAACUGCCUACAUUCCACUUCUGCCACGAAAAGCCAAAGGUGAAUUUCACUACCAAAAUCUUGGAUGUGUACCAAAAGGAUGUCCUGUAUGGGUAUGUCUGUGUUGUUCAAGUGGAGCCCUUCUGCUGUGUGGUAUUCACAGAGGCCCCAGAUUCGUGGAUCAUGAAGGACAAUUUGGUCUCAAGGCUGACGGCAGAGGACUGGGUGGCUAUGAUGCUGGAUAUUCCACCAGCUCCCUCCAGUUUGGCCACAGACUACAGCCUUCCCUCGAUUUCACCUGCUUCAUCUGCACUAAGAAGCUCAUCAUAUCCUAUGAAAGUCCUGGAAUUUAAGGAGGUUCUACAACAACGUUUGUUUCCAGUGACACAGGAAGAGAUACAAUUUAAACCGGAAUCCCUCUGUAAGACGCUGUUCUCAGAGCAUAAAGAACUGGAGGAAUUCAUGAAGACGCAGAUACGUCCUAUCUCGCAGGGGAUUGUGAUAUUUUCUCGAAGCUGGGCUAGUGAUAUUGGCUUAAGGAAGGAGCAGAACGUCUUGUGUGACGCUCUCCUAAUAGCGGUGAACAGCCCCCUGGUACUCUAUACAAUCUUGAUACACCCCAGUGGGACCGAAGGGCCCGAGUAUGCCCGAAACACUGCUCGUCAGUUAAAGCAGAAACUGGGAACUGUUGGUGGUUACACAGGGAGAGUGUGUGUCAUUCCGAGACUGCUGCACCUGCCGGGCACACAGUCUAGACCCUGUGGGAUCCCUGUCCACUACCCUCAAUCCUACCAGCUUGCUAACGAGGAGGAAAUGGAAGACUUGUUGCAGGCCCUUAUCGUGGUGGUCUUGCUGUGCUCUCGAUCCCUUCUGAGUGACCGGCUGGGCUGUGAAUUUUUCAACUUGCUCAUCGAGGAGCAGUGUGAGUUGCUUUCAGAGAGCCUUCAGGAGACGCGAGAAUUGUUCAUCCACUGCUUCCCAGGAAGCAGGAAGACAGCCCUAGCCAUAAAGAUCAUGGAGAAAAUCAAGGACCUAUUCCACUGCAAACCAAGAGAGAUCCUCUACGUUUGCGAACAUGACGCCUUAAAGGAUUACGUGGCCCAACAAACCACCUGCCAGGCUGUGACCCGGAAAACCUUCAUGCAAGGGGAGUUCCUAAAGAUUAAACACAUAGUGAUGGAUGAGACUGAGAAUUUCUGCAGUGUAUAUGGUGAUUGGUACAAGAAGGCUAAAGGUAUCACCCAUCCAGAGAUGAGAGGAGCUGGAAGGAAAAACCUUCACCAUGGGGUUCUCUGGCUCUUUCUGGACCCCUUCCAAGUCCAUCAUGCUGAUGUCAACGGCCUCCCCCCUCCAUCUGCUCAGUUUCCUCGGAAAACAAUCACCAAAGGGAUCCACUGUUCUCUGGAAAUAGCAGUGGUCAUGAAACAAGAAAUGAAGAAGAUCAAAGAAAAUCCUCCCUCCAACAUGUUUCUGGACACAGUGGCACUGUUCAGGGAAGCUGCCUACGAGGAAGCAAUGCGUGCCCAGGCUCUUCCUGGGGUGUGUGAAACAGAGACCAACCUGACAAUAGAACAAAUUGCAAAGUACGUGGCAGAAAGAUGUCACAACCUGUUCCAAUGUGGCUAUCUGCCCAAAGAUAUAGCAAUUCUGUGCAGAAGAGGGGAGGACAGAGGACGCUAUGAGCUUGCACUGCUAAAAGCAAUGGAAUUAAUUGAGACCCACAGAGCAGCAGAAGUUGUGUUCAGCCAGGCCUCUGGUGCUUCGGGCAGUCACAUCAUUUUAGACAGCAUUGAGCAGUUUUCAGGCCUAGAGAGGAAUAUUGUGUUUGGGCUGAGUCCAGAAUGCACUCCUUCAGAGGAAACUCAUAAGCUCUCCUUUGCCUCAAGAGCCAUUAAACACCUCUACCUGCUUUAUGAAAAGAGAACAGCCUUCUGA